AUUUCAGUUUAUAAAUUUCAGUCUCUUAUUAAUACGAUAAGAGCGAUUCCAAUCGACAAUUCAUUAGUUGAUGCGGAACUCGUAAAUGAAUGUGUUUCAAACAAAAGCGUUGAUUUGGUUUUAAUUCUCGAUGGAUCUGGAUCGAUCGGCGAUCAAACCUUUCAAUUACAACUUGAUUUUGCGGCGCAUCUUAUGCGAAGGCUAAAUAUUUCUGCAGAAACAAGUCAAAUGGCUGUCAUACAAUAUGCAGAGACGCCACGAUUGGAAAUGUCAUUGAAUCAGUUUUCGCAGCCAAGUCAAAUGGAAUGGGCUAUCAGAAGGAUAAAAUAUCAAUCAGGUGCAACUAAUACGGGAGCCGCAUUACGAUUUGCUUUAGAAAAAGGUUUUCAGGGUGCACGUGGUGGUAAUAUUCCAAAAGUCGCUGUUGUUGUAACUGAUGGUCAAUCUCAGGAUAGUGUUUCUGAACCAGCACAACAACUUAGAGAUGCUCAUGUAUUGCUUUAUGCAGUUGGCGUAACAAAUCUUGUCGAUGUACAUCAAUUACAUCAAAUCGCUGGUAAUCCAAUACGUGUCUUCACUGUUGAAUCGUUUGAUGAACUUGAUAAAUCGUUGGCCGAUUCACUUACUUGGGAUAUGUGUAAAACAGAAUUUAGGCCAGGCACACCGGAUAUAAUUUGUGCACCGGAUCGAAUUGGUGUUCGAGCUUCUACGAGAAAACCCUUCGAUGGCUAUGUAUUUGUGAUGGAUCAUUUUCAUAAGAAAGAAUGUCGGAUGGGGCCAGAAGAAUUUCCCGAUCCGCGUAGUAUCGGUCUUACAGUUCCGUUCACUGAUUGUAAUGUUCAUCGUUAUCGCUCACUAAAUCCAAGAGGAAUAUUCGUGGAAAUGACUGUCGUUUUCAUGUUUCAUACCGUCUUUAUGACAAAAGUUGAUCAAAUGGUUAAAGUACAAUGCUUCUAUAUGGAAUCCGAUAAAGCUGUAACGGUACCACUGGAAGUGAGCAUGAUAACAACACAAUUUCGUUCAGUCGAUGGUCCAAUUGUUGCUUUUGCAACGCUUGGUGAAAGCAUUUAUCAUCGUUGGGAAUGUAUAGAUAAAUCGGAUACAUUUGGAAUGUUAAUACAUUCUUGCUUCGUUGAUGAUGGAUAUGGUAAUCAAGUGGAUAUUUUAGAUAAAAAUGGUUGUGGCAUUGAUGCGGUACUUUUAUCAACGCCAGAUUAUGAUAGCAAUUUACGUUUAGCUAAUAAACCUUAUCAUGUAUUUAAAUAUGCAGAUCGACUCGUACUUCAAUUUCAAUGCCAAGUGACGCUUUGUUUGAAAUAUAACGGCGGAUGUAGCGAAAUUACGCCACCUAAUUGUCCAGAAACAUUAGCGCAUCAACAUCAUCGACCUAUCACUCGACGUUCACGUUCAAUAUUCGAUUCUUCUAGUACAUUUGAUAUUUUUACGAGAUCAAUACAAAUUAUUGAUAACGUACCAGAAUGUCCAACAUUCAUGCCUAAUGCAUAUUUUUAUAUUUUACCAAUUUCUGCGACAAUAAUUAACGUUUGUUUUUUAUGUAUUAGUUUAUUCUUUUAUAUAAGGCGCUCAUCGAUUCAAUGA